CACUUACCCGAGAUUUCAUGGCUAAAAAGUUAGCUUCCAUACGUCAUGAAAACAAAACGGUGCUUCAUCCUCGACUUGGUUGUUUAGCAUUGACUAUUCAAGCCAUAUUAAUCAAUUUUCAUAUGCUUAUAAAAGGGACAUAUUACACUCGUGGUCUCCAGAAUGCCGCCCGUGUGAAUUUGAAGACUGUGAGCAUUUAAGGAUACAACAGAGACGAAGACGACAAUGAGGCUAAAAACAACGUUGCAAAGGGAACCAAAACAUAAGGAUCUUGUAAGUUGUUUAGGUUGGACCACAGCAGAUGAGCUGUACUCUUGCAGUGAUGAUCAUCAGAUACUCAAGUGGAACCUGGUGAACAAUGAAACCAAUCUUGUUGUCAAACUGUCAGAGGACAUCUACCCCCUGGACAUGCACUGGUUCCCCAAAACCGUUGGUGGAAAGAAACAAAGCCAAGCUGAGAUCUUUGUCCUCAGCAGCACCGAUGGUAAAUUCCACCUGGUUUCCAAAAUUGGGCGAAUAGAGAAGAGUGUCGAUGCACACAAAGGCGCGGUCUUAGCAGGAAGAUGGAACCACGAUGGAACCGCUCUUGUUACAGCUGGAGAAGAUGGGCUGAUUAAGAUCUGGUCAAAAGUUGGGAUGCUGCGUUCAACUCUAGCAAACCAAGGGUCUCCUGUUUAUUCGGUGGCUUGGGGUCCAGAUUCCGACAGAAUACUUUACACUUCAGAGAUGCAGCUAACCAUCAAACCUCUCCAGCCAAGUGCCAAAGUCAUGCAGUGGAAGGCUCAUGAUGGAAUUGUUCUUAAGGUGGACUGGAACUCUGUCAACAGUCUCAUUCUGUCUGGUGGUGAAGAUUGUAAAUAUAAGGUAUGGGAUAGCUUUGGGCGUCUGCUUCACUCAUCAAGCCCUCAUGACUACCCCGUCACCUCUUUGUCCUGGGCUCCAGAUGGUGAAAUGUUUGCUGUGGGUUCCUUCAACACCCUACGGCUCUGUGACAAGACAGGAUGGUCGUACGCAGUGGAGAAGCCUCACACGGGCAGUUUGUUCAGCUUAGCCUGGUCUGCAGACAGCACUCAACUGGCAGGGGCCUGCGGAAACGGACAUGUCAUCUUUGCCCAUGUGGUGGAGCAGUGCUGGGAGUGGAAGAACUUUGUCAUCACUCUGACCAAAAGGAGAAGCAUGCAGGUGACAAACGUGAUGAAUGAUGCAGUUGAUAUAUUAGAGUUCAGGGAUCCCGUCAUAAAAGCCUCACUUGCGUUUGCUCAUUUGGUGGUCGCUACUUCUCUGCAGUGCUACGUUUACAGCUCAAGAAACUGGAAUACUCCUCUCAUCUUUGACCUGAAGGAGGGAACAGUCAGCCUCAUCCUGCAAGCAGAGAAACAUUUCUUACUUGUGGAUGGAGCUGGCCUAUAUAUAUUCUCCUACGAGGGUCGCCUGCUCUCCUCGCCCAAGUUCCUGGAUAUGAGAGCUGACAUUCUCAAUGCUCAAGUCCUCUCCCUUUGUGAUGACACCAUCGCCAUUCGAGACAACAGAGACGAAAAAGUCAUCUUAUUCUUUGACGUCUCGAGUGGAAAAGCUGUUGGAGAUGGGAAUCCCUUAACUCACAAGCUGGAGGUGGUGGAAAUAGCUCUGGAUCAGUGUGGCCCAGCCACUGACAGGAAAAUUGCACUGAUAGACAAAAACCGUGACCUGUACUUGGCCUCUGUGCGUCAUUUCGGGCGAGAACCCAAAAUCUGCAAAACUGGCACUAUGGUGGACAAUAUAGCAUGGAAUGAUUCUGCAAACAUCCUUUGUGGAAUCCAAGACAAUAAGCUCACUGUGUGGUGUUAUCCAAGUGUCGUCUUUACUGAUAAGGAGCUGCUACCCAAAACACUGCACAUACGGGACAGCAGUGACUUCAACAGCGUGCCCCACAUCCUCAACUUUUUUGGGACCAAAGUGACACUCCGCCAAGGAGACGGCUCUCUGGUUUACAGCAGUGUGCCACCAUACACUGUGCUUCUACAUGAAUACUGCAGCUCUGCACGCUGGGAGGACGCUCUGUGUUUAUGCCGAUUAGUCAAAGACCAGUCUUUAUGGGCGUGUCUUGCUAGUAUGGCCAUGGCAAACAGGGAACUGACCACAGCGGAGAUGGCCUAUGGUGCCAUUGGAGAGUUACCAAGAGUGGAGUACAUCAAGACUAUCAAAGAGCAGCCUUCUAAGGAGUCGGCUUUGGCCCACAUGCUGCUGUUCAGUGGUCAGGCCCAGGAAGCUGAGUCAGCUCUGCUGCAAGCUGGUCUCAUCUACCAAGCCAUACGAGUGAACAUUGACCUUUUCAACUGGGAGAGGGCGCUGGAGCUGGCAGUCAAACACAAAACCCAUGUGGACACUGUGCUGGCCUACAGAGAGAAGUUCCUACAGAAGUCUGGCAAAAAGGAGACCAAUAAGAGGUUCCUGCAUUACUCUGAAGGGGUUGAUGUGGACUGGGAGAAUAUCCGGGCAAAGAUAGACAUGGAGCUGUCUAAAGAGAGGGAAAAGGCUGCAAACGUCUCUGUGAGGAGCAGCGGGGCUUCAUACCGUUGACGUUCAGAUUUUAGUUUUACAAUUACAUCCGUCAGAGUUAUAUGAAAUAUUUACCUGUAGCACCAUGUCCACCAUAAACUACAACUUCACAAGACCAAAUAAGCCGACAAAAUAUACCGACCAUGUGACUGUUGACUGGCUUUACCCUGCGUGAACCCUUGUGACCCCCUGUGCCCUGAAACACAUUGAAGUGACACUUCAAGACUUAUCAGCGACAACAAACUGCUUCUACAAAGAUGUUUUCAGAUGUACACCCAUUCUUAAAAAGUUUUAUACGACAAUUAUAUUAUCAUAAAAGAUUGGUAAGAAUACGAGCUUCCAUAUCAGUUUCUCUUUUCCAAAAAUGUUACGAGCUGGCUGCAUAAGUCACUUCCUUCAAGUGUGAAGCCUAAUGACAUUUGCUGCAUCCUAACGCUCUGUGGUUUGCUGCUUUAUACUUUUUUCUCACUUGUUCCAUUUCUACUGUGCAACUGUCCAAAAUCAAUUUACGCAUAAUAACUGGGCAAAAACAGAAAUCACUGCAAAUAUGUCUGUGUCCAAUUUGUCUGCCACAGACUGCUUUAAACUCACAUGCUGGUUCCCUCAUGGAUGUUUUUGUAACUUCUACCUGCUUCUGUGUACUCCAUGGUUUCCAGAAAUUUCUCAGUCAUGAAAGCACAUCAGACAUACCUGUGAAUGGGAGGCUGGAACAAGUGGAUGAACCUGAUGCUUUACAGUAGUUAUAUAUGAAGAAUGUUUUUUUAAAUACAUUUGAUAUAAACAGUCUCAGUUCUCAUUUCUUACAAGCUUAAGUUUGUUAUAUAUAAUAUAUAUAUAGAAUAUUCAUGUACUUUUUAAUUAAAUUAGUGUUCUUCUGCAAUGUUUCAACACAUUUCCUUCUACGCUUAGGGGAAUCAUUAAACCUAUGCAGUGCAGCUCCACCCUCUGGUUGGCAGAAGACCAGUCCAUCUUUUAGCCUGUCCUACCUGCCUCUCCUGUCUUUAAGGGAUAACUUCAUGCUAACGACCAUUCUGGAACAGUAGUUCAAACUGUAAAUUUGUAAAGGUUUCCACUCAAAAAUAUUGAAAAAGAUGUCUUUCUUUUUAGACGUUAUCUUUUUUUUAUAAAUUACUCACUAAUGAGAUGCUUUUCUAUCUAUGACCAAUAAAGUUCUGUUUGUUGUCUCAAA